AUGGGACCGGCUCCGAUUCUGUACGUGAAGGAGAUCUUCUAUCCGAUUAUGGCGGCGUAUGGAAUCCCUGCGAACGUGGUGACGGCUGCGAUCCUGUACCGGGGGAAAUGCGGACUUUCCAAAGGUAUCACCCGUUACAUGGUGUCGAUGGCAAUGUCCGAUCUGCUCGUCAUCUUUUUUCAAGUGUUGCUCCAAGGAAUCUAUGUUUACUAUAACCCCAACGCCUUCUUCAUCCGCAGCACGGUGUGCCCUUCGUAUGUGUACCUGCGCAUCCUUACACUGGACUAUUCCGUAUGGUUAACAUUAUCCUUCACCUUUGACCGUUUUGUCAGCAUUUGCUGCCCGAAGCUGAGACUCACCUAUUGCACGGAUAAGACGGCCGCCGUGGUCAUUGCGUCCCUGUGUGCGCUGAGCUGCUUAAAAUACAUCCCGUUUUACUUCAUGUACGAGCCACGCUUCACCAUGGACAAUGUGAACUGGGGGUGCCGGCCCAGACCCGCCUACUUCACCUCCAUCGGGUGGGUUGUUUUUUCAUGGAUGUGUAACAUUUCUCUCUCCUUACUCCCUUUCGUCCUAAUCCUGCUUCUGAACGGGCUGACGGUCAAGAACAUCAUAGCGGCCAGCAGAGUCCGCCGGCGCUUAAAGGGACAUGAUGGCAAGGACACUGAGUCGGAGAAUCGACGUAAGUCUAUUGUCUUACUCUUCAUGGUGUCGGGAACGUCCAUAUUACUGUGGACCACGGGAGCGGUAACUUUCAUCUGUACCCGAAUUACUAUUAAUUUUGUGGGCUCGGAUCUCACAAGCCCCUCGAAUAUUGCCAAUGAGGUUGGGGUCUUGCUCAUUCGGGUCAGCUCCUGCGCCAAUACUUGUAUCUAUGCAAUGACCCAAAGUAAAUUUAGACAGGAGCUGAAGAACGGGAUUAAAAGACUUAUUCAUUUUUUUACGAAACCCACGAAAAGGACGCGGCAGUGA